AUGAGCCAACAUAGUCAAAAACAAGACCAACAUUCUGUGGGCAUAGUAGGUGCUGGGCUAGUCGGGUGUGUUGCCGCAUUGGCUUUUGUAUCCAAAGGUUAUACGGUAACAUUAUUUGAAGCACGAGAUGAUCCAAACAAUCAAGUCGAGCGAAAUUUACGAUCAAUUAACUUGGCUGUGAGUAAUCGUGGAAUCAGAACGUUGAAAGAAAUUGAUGAAAAUUUAGCUGAGAAAGUUCUUGAGCAUGUAAUUCCAAUGAAGGGAAGAAUGAUUCAUGAUAUUACUGGGAAAAAACAAGAGUCGCAAAUAUAUGGAUUGAAUGGAGAAUGUAUCAACUCUAUCGAUAGAGCUUACCUCAACAAGAUCCUCCUUCAAGAGUUGAAGCGACGCAAUGUCAAGGUCUAUUUCCAGCAUAAACUUGUUCGGUUAUCAAACAUGGAUAAGCAUCCUGCGAUUGAAACGAUCAACAGUACGGGAGAGAUGGAGAGAUUUACUUUUGAUUACAUUAUUGGAGCAGAUGGAGCACACUCGCAAUUCAGGUACCAGCUUCAAAAAUUCAUGAGAAUGAGUUUUGCCCAGGAGUAUAUCGAUAUGCAAUAUAUCGAGUUGUACAUCCCACCUGAUCCAAAGAAGAAGUUUGCAAUCGAUGCAAACCAUUUGCACAUCUGGCCCAGGCAUGAUUUCAUGUUGAUUGCAUUGCCAAACCAAGAUGGUUCAUUUACCUCGACUUUCUUUAGCCCCUGGUCUGUGAUUGAAUCGAUGCAGACCGGUGAGGAAUUUGUUCAAUUCUUUGCUAAAAACUUCCCCGAUGCUUUAGAGUUGAUUGGAGAAAAGCCUCUUUUGGAGGCGUUUGAGAAAAACCCAAGAGGCUCUUUAAUGCAAGUGAGUGCGUAUCCUUACAAUAGUCCUAAUGGAAAGGCAAUAAUCAUUGGUGAUGCUGCUCAUUCAAUGGUCCCCUUUUACGGCCAAGGCAUGAAUUGUGGAUUUGAAGAUGUCAGAAUUCUUAUGGACUUGAUCGACAAAUAUGGUAUUGAUACAGCAUUUAUAGAGUAUUCGCCUCAAAGAAAAAAGGAUUUGGAUGCUAUUUGCAAAUUGGCAUUGGACAAUUAUUACGAAAUGUCAUCAAAAGUGACUAAUAUCUGGUACUUGGCAAAGAAAAAACUCGAUUAUUCGCUAGGCAGAGUUUUCAAAAACAAAUGGCUUCCAUUAUACACUAUGGUUUCCUUUAGAGACGAUAUCCCAUACUCCAAAGCUAUAGAGAUUGAAAAAAGGCAGACAAAAAUUGUUUCCAAUGUGCAAAUUGGUGUGAUUACAUCACUUGCCAUCUAUGGUGUCUACCUAGCAGCCAAAUUGUGCGACAAAAAGCGUUAA